AUGAUGAGAUCUACGGUACACCCCGACGACCCGUACGUCGAAAUGGCCAACAACAUCGACGUCGACGAUGAUGAUGUCGAUUCUGGAGAGGACUACACCGUUCUCGAUCUUCCUCCGGUGGAGGCCGCCGACAAUCAGACGGCCGUCAAUGGGAUACCGGGUGAAGGUCUCCGAGAAGAAUGGCAGGCGGCAGGAAGAGAGGGCAAGAACGCUCUCGAAGCUUUUGGGAGAUUUGGGUUUCGCCUGGGCAAAGCAGCCGGGAAAUCGUCACUGGUUGCCGCAAAAUCUGCUUUGCGUCAGUGCAAGGAGACGGCGGAGAAGUACAAUGAGAAGUGGCAGGCUGACGCGAUUAAGAAGGCUGAAGAGUGGGGAACUCACCUGGCGCGGCAGCUUGCCAGCGGUUGGGAAGAGAUCGGACAUCCUGAUCGUUUGGAGCUGCCUGAUGCUCAUGCCAUUGCCAGCCAGCGCUCUGAAGCGAUGAGCGUUCAGGAGGAGUUCGAAUCGGCUGAACCCGCAGCAGCUGGUGAUGCCGACCCUGUCUCUACAGAGACCCUCAAGACCGAGGCGCCGACUCUCAUUGAAUGCGACCUGUCGACGGCGUCUUCCCCUCUGUCAAGCUUCGAUUCAGAAGGUUUUAGAUCGUCUCCUCCGGGCAGCUCCAGGAAAAUAAGCAAUCUGGAGGCCAAAGAGGCGCCGCUAAAAAGGGCGGUAGCGACCUCUUCCAGACCGUCACCCUACCGGCCACAGGUUCCACAGCCGUCCAGCCCGUUCUGCUCCCAUUUGGCCUUCAGUGCUGGCAACAAGGGCAAGGGCAAAGAGCCGCUGUCGACCAAGGUGGUUCCUGCGUAUUCGAGACCGUUGCCCAGCAGCUCUAAGUCUAGAAUCCCGCAGCCGCGCAACGUCCUCAGCUCUCCUGCCAGCAUUAGUGCUGGCACCACUUGGGAGAGUAACGAGGCGGAUAAGUCCAGAGGACACCGGCCACAGGAAACGUUCUCCUUGGAGGCAGAAGCGAGGGCGAAACAGAUGUGAGCGGGAUACGGCUCUAGCUAUUGUUAUUCCAUUGUGCGUUUGUAAGUACUGCUUACCACCUAGAUUCAACGUUCACUAACAGUAACAGUCGUUGGCCAAGCAACAGUUUGCAAGGCAUUGAGCAAGGCGGCUUGUUUCGAACUGCGGUCUUGGUAGACCCAUCUACCCGGAGUCGUGCUCUGGUCCAGAUACUAUUAGGAUGGAAGUUAUAACCUUGCCCGGGACGAGGGACAGUUAAUCGGAGAUUCUAAAGGGCAUUUUGCAUUGUGUAAUCUAGCUUAGCGACAGGCGCGUAACUGUAGGUGUACCGGCGUUUGCAUUAGAAAACCGCUUGUUUCUAAUAGUGUUCUAUCGAAUCUUCUUGCAAGCAUUGUUGGUUUAUAAUUUAGGGUACCCUGCUGUCGGUUAGCGAUUAUUACAUCUCUACAGU